GUGAACUCUUGGAUAUUCAAGUUAUGUGUGCGUGUGUUUAUAAAUAGAUAGUACGUAUAUAUAGUUAGAGAACAGCAUAUUUUGUAUUAGAUCAAAAUCAUUUUCAAUCAUUGUUUGGUGAUAAUACAUACUUUCUAGAAUGUAUUCGAUAGUUAAUAAAACUGAAAAUGCUCAUGAAGAUAGCAUUUGGACCUGUGCUUGGGGCUGUUUAAAGAAGAAGAAGGAAUUACAGGAGGAUAAUGAAGAUUCACGUGAAUCGAUGCAGUUUAAUGGGAAUGAGACAGUGGAAUAUUUAGUAACCGGUUCAGUCGACGAUGCCGUCAAAGUUUGGGAACAAAAAGACAAAAGUUUACAUCUAAAAUAUAAAUUAACUGGUCACUCACUUGGUGUAGUAUCUGUUGCAGUUAAUUCAGAUGGUUCAAAAUGUGCAUCAAGUUCAUUAGACUCAAGUUUAAAACUAUGGAAUUUGGAAACAGGAGAGAAAAUAUCAAGCAUUGAAGUAGGUCCUGUAGAUAUUUGGACAGUGGUAUUUUCUCCAGAUGAUAAAUUCAUUGUAUCUGGUAGUCAUUCAGGUAAAAUACAUUUAUAUGGAACAGACAGUGGCAAACAAGAACAAACUUUAGAUACCAGAGGUGGAAAAUUUAUAUUGAGCGUUGCCUAUAGCCCUGAUGGUAAAUACAUUGCUAGUGGUGCAAUUGAUGGGAUUAUCAAUAUUUUUGAUGUUACAUAUGGAAAAGUUUUACGUACAUUGGAAGGUCAUGCAAUGCCUAUCAGGUCUCUUUGUUUUUCACCGGAUUCUCAAUUACUUCUUACCGCAUCAGAUGAUGGACAUAUGAAACUGUAUGACGUGAAAGAUGCUAAUUUAGCAGGAACUAUGUCAGGUCAUGCCUCAUGGGUACUUGGUGUUGCUUUUGCUCCAAAUGGUCAACAGUUUGCAUCUAGUAGUUCAGAUCAUACAGUUAAAGUAUGGGAACUAGCCCAAAGACAAUGCUUACAUACAUUUAAUGAACACAAUGAUCAGGUAUGGGCUGUAAAGUACAAUCCACAAAGAAAUAACAUGAUUGCAUCGGUAUCUGAAGAUAAAUCCAUUAAUCUUUAUGAAUGUCCAUUAUAUGACAAAUAAAUUUUUGUAUAAAUAUGAA